AUGAUGCAACGAAGAGAAGCAUGCUUACAAGCACGCUUAUUAACUUCGAAACCAUUUUUCACCGAAGAUGCUCAAACAAUUGACACGAUCACAAGUGAUGAGAUACAAAAAGUAUUGGCACAAGCUGUUGAAGGCUCUUAUUCUUCCAAUUAUAAUUCUCGAACCAAUACAUUACUUAAAAAUAUUAAGUCCAUUGGUGGUCAUGUAAUGGGAUCAGUUCAUCAACAAUCUUCAUUAAGAACAUUAAUUCAUGCUUUAAUCUUUAAUCAAGGGUUAUUUAGCAUUUUUUUGACUAUUAAUCCAGCAGAUACUCACCAUCCUCUGACAAUGCAUUUUGCUGGCAUUGAUUUUGAUUUAGAUAAUGUUCUGCCUGAACAUUUACCAUCAACAUAUGAACGAGCAGAAAUUGUUGCCUCACAUCCAGUUGCUACAGCAACAUUUUUUCACCAUUUUAUUUCUUCAAUUCUUGCUACUUUGAUUGAAGGAGGUCCCGGUGGUGGAGUUCUUGGAAAAAUUAAGGCAUAUUUUGUUACGGUCGAAAAAUCAUAUGACAUAAAUCCAAGAGCUGAUCUUGCAGCUUGUCGACUAACUCCGAAACCAUCAACAUUGAAUUUUGAUACAAUUUUUCAACAAGAUAUUAUAGAACUUGUAGAACAAAAUAAUAUUCAUAAACAUACAAAUACUUGUUAUAAACAUGCCAAAUUGCGAGGAAGUGCCCAAAAGUGUCGAAUGCGGAUGCCACGAAAGAUCAUUGUUAAGUCCGAAAUUGAUAGUGUAACGGGUACAAUUUCCAUGAAACGUAAUCAUGAAUGGAUCAACAAUUUUAAUGAAUGGAUUAUGUCAGCGUGUCGUUCAAAUAUGGAUAUAAAAUUUGUGUGGUCGAGUAGUGAUGCGAAAGCUUUAGCGUACUAUGUUACAGAUUAUGUAACCAAACCAAGUCUGUCAUUCCAUGAUAGUUUGGCACUCAUGGUGAAAGUUACGAAAGAUUUUGAUAAGAAACCAUCUAAUUUACCUGAUAAUAUUCAUGGGCGUUCACGACGUCUGCUUCUUAAAAUGCAUAACACAUUGGCAUCAUAA